CAGCAUUUUUGCAUUCUGUCAUGCACUCUGUGCCACACCCUCAAAAAGUGCCACAUUCUCUCUCUCUCUUUCUCUGAACAGUUCAACACAUUCUUUUCUAAUUUCUUCUUCCUUUUAGGGUUUCUCUUCUCUCUCUCAUAUUCAAACCAGAGAUUCAGAUUCUCAUCUCCAUUUUCGUUUCUCCUUUUUCACUCAAAACUCGUUGCUGAGUCAACUCGUUCGCUUUCUCCCACAGUAACAUUCACCAUCCUUAUUUUCGUCGAGCGAGUCUUCUUCAUCGCGAAAAGCCCUUUCUCUGUUCUUUCCCUUCGAUUUCAAUCUUCGUCUGAACACAGUUACACAUGUUUUCGAUGAUUCCGAGGUAAACGAGAGGAAAAAGUAUAAGAAUCAGAAGAUCUGGAAGCCGUUACGACGCAGAAAUGGAAGGUUCUAGGAUGGAGAAUUUAGUCAGAGCUGAGAAAUCGCUGAGGCUCAGCUUAGAAAAAUCGAAGUCGGUGGGGUUGGCUUUGGAGAGAGCGGGACCGAGGUUGGCCGAAAUCAGGCAGCGGCUACCGUCGUUGGGAUCGGCGGUGCGGCCGAUUCGCGCUCAGAGAGACGCUCUGGUGGCCGUCGGCGGCCAUAUCAACCGCGCUGUGGGCCCCGCCGCCGCGGUGCUCAAGGUUUUUGACGCCGUCCAUGGACUGGAGAAGUCGCUGCUGUCGGAUCCCCGGAGCGACAUAGCCGGGUACUUGUCGGUGCUGAAACGUCUCCAGGAGGCGCUGAGGUUCUUGGGGGAUAAUUGCGGGUUGGCUAUACAGUGGUUGGAAGACAUAGUUGAGUAUUUGGAGGACAAUUCCGUUGCUGAUCAGGUUUAUCUGACGAAUUUGAAGAAGGAAUUGAAGAAUCUUCGCGAAUCGCAGCACGGUGAACUCGAUGGUGGGUUGUUGGAUGCUGCAUUGCGCAAGUUGGAGGAUGAGUUCAGGUUGCUGUUGACUGAGAAUAGCGUGCCACUGCCGAUGUCGGCGGCGGCGGCGGGUGAUGGUAUGGCGUGCAUUGCGCCGUCGCCGCUGCCUGUAUCGGUUGUGCAGAAGCUACAGGCGAUUCUGGGGCGGUUGAUUGCCAAUGACAGGCUGGACAGGUGUGUGGGGAUUUAUGUUGAGGUGAGGAGUUCGAAUGUUAGGGCAAGUUUGCAGGCGCUGAAUUUGGAUUACCUUGAGAUUUCUGUGUCGGAGUUCAAUGACGUGCAGAGCAUUGAAGGGUAUAUAGCUCAGUGGGGGAAGCAUUUGGAGUUUGCUGUGAAGCAUUUGUUUGAGGCUGAGUAUAAGCUUUGCAAUGAUGUGUUUGAGAGGAUUGGAUUGGACGUGUGGAUGGGUUGCUUUUCGAAGAUAGCUGCGCAAGCGGGUAUACUGGCGUUUCUUCAGUUUGGGAAGACAGUUACUGAGAGUAAGAAGGACCCCAUUAAGCUUUUGAAGUUGUUGGAUAUUUUCGCGUCGUUGAGCAAGUUGAGAUUGGAUUUCAACCGGCUUUUUGGUGGUGGGCCAUGUGUUGAGAUACAGAAUUUGACUAGGGAUCUUAUCAAGAGGGUGAUUGAUGGGGCUGCAGAGAUUUUCUGGGAGCUUUUUGUUCAGGUGGAGUUGCAGAGGCCGAAUCCACCACCAGUGGAUGGCAAUGUGCCGAGAUUGGUGAGCUUUAUCACUGAUUACUGUAACAAGCUCCUUGGGGACGACUAUAAGCCGAUACUGACUCAGGUUCUGAUAAUUCACAGAAGUUGGAAGCGCCAAAGCUUUCAGGAGAGACUCCUUGUUACUGAGAUUUUGAACAUUGUGAAGGCUGUUGAGCAGAAUGUAGAGACUUGGAUCAAGGCUUAUGAUGAUCCUAUACUGUCCCACUUUUUUGCUAUGAACAAUCACUGGCAUCUGUGCAAGCAUUUGAAAGGGACAAAGCUUGGGGAACUCUUGGGGGAUUCUUGGCUGAGGGAGCACGAACAGUAUAAGGAGUAUUACUCUACAAUCUUUUUGAGGGACAGUUGGGGAAAGCUUCCUGGACAUUUGAGUAGGGAAGGGUUGAUUCUUUUCUCUGGAGGGCGCGCCACUGCCCGUGACCUGGUCAAGAAAAGGUUGAAGAAGUUCAAUGAAGUUUUUGAUGAGAUGUAUACUAAGCAGUCAAGUUGGAUAAUGCCAGAACGGGAUCUGAGGGAGAAAACAUGUCAGCUUAUAGUGCAAGCUGUGGUGCCUGUAUACCGCAGUUACAUGCAGAAUUAUGGUCCUUUGGUGGAGCAAGAUGCUAGCUCCACAAAAUAUGCAAAGUACACCGUUCAGAAGCUUGAAGAAAUGCUCUUGUGUCUUUAUCGGCCAAGGCCUGCAAGACAUGGCAGCUUGAGAAGUCCAACAUUUAGUGCAAAAUAUGGCAAUGGAGUACCUGAUCUUCGCAGAACAGCAUCUGCAGUUGUGUAAUCUGCUAGUCAAUGUGUUUCUAUAGACGAACAACAGGGAUAAUAUUUCCCCCUCAUCAACUGGAUGGCUACUGUAUAUAAUUUUCCUCUGGGCCUUGCGGUGCAUAAUGUAGGCUUUUCGUAGUUUCUGAGAAGGAAGUUCCUGAGCACUGCCCUUUGAAUGUCUGAUGUAUUUCAUGAAAAUGAAGUUUAGUUUCUCUUCUCAAAUGCAAAAACUGGUCACUAUCUCCCGUGCUCAGAGGUUUCUGCAAAAGCUAGGCCAUCUGUAAACAUCUCGGACCAGCGAACCAUGGAUGUAAUUAUAGCUGCAAUGUCAAGGGUUUUGGGAUUUCAAAGAUCAGAACCGUGGUCGCAUGAACUAUAAUGUCUGUCUGCAAUAUCAAGGGUUGCCACAUUUAUGACCAUUAUUUUGAACCUCAGAAUAGAACAAGGGCAAGUUGGAGUGAGGAUUUGAUUGGGACUCUUUCUUGGUCACGGCGAAGUCUCUCAGCAUUUUGGUAAUGUUCUCGUAUAUCAUUGUGUUCCACCUUUAUUUGCUGUGAAUCAAUGUCCUGUUUUCUGUGCUUGUUUUGCUUUGCUCUGUUCAAUAGAAAGUUUUCCAUUAGC